AUGGCAUACAUAUACAUCGCAUGGCUCUUAUUCUCUCAAAUCCUCCUACAAGUAGCAAGACAUGAGGCUAAGGUUCCGGCCAUCAUUGUCUUUGGAGACUCCACUGUCGAUUCUGGAAACAAUAACCAGAUUUCAACGCUUUUGAAGAGCAACUUCAAGCCAUAUGGGCGCGACUUUGCUGGGGGUCAACCCACAGGAAGAUUCUCCAAUAGUCGUGUUCCUCCGGAUUUCAUCUCUGAGGCUUUUGGUCUGAAACCACUCGUUCCGGCUUACUUGGAUCCCAAGUAUGGGAUUUCGGAUUUUGCUACCGGUGUUUGCUUUGCUUCUGCUGGAACUGGCUAUGACAAUGCAACUUCUGAUGUAUUAAAUGUGAUACCUCUAUGGAAAGAAGUGGAGUACUACAAGGAAUACCAGGCCAAAUUGAGAGCCCAUAUCGGGCAUCAUAAGGCAAGAGAAAUUUUGACAGAAGCUUUGUAUGUGAUAAGCUUGGGAACCAAUGAUUUCCUCGAGAACUACUACCUGCUACCCAAACGGCAAGUUGAAUAUACAGUUCAGCAGUACCAGGACUUCCUCAUCGGAAUAGCCGAAAAAUUCAUGAGGGAGCUUUAUGCUCUUGGAGUCAGGAAGAUUUCCCUAACGGGGCUCCCUCCGAUGGGGUGCUUGCCCUUAGAGAGAACCAUAAAUUUAUUGGGUCACCAUGAUUGCACGGAGGAGUACAACAGUGUGGCUGUGGAGUUUAAUGUGAAGUUGAAGAACAUGGUGGCAAAGGUUAACAGAGAGCUUCCAGGCUAUAGGAUUCUGCUUACAGAGAAGGUUUAUCAGCUCGUCUAUCAGAUGAUCAAAACACCUUCCCAAUUCGGGUUUGAUGUUACUGAGAAGGCAUGCUGUUCUACUGGGACAUUCGAGAUGAGUUACCUCUGCAGUGAAAAAAGUCCAUUUACAUGCAGAGAUGCAAAUAAGUAUGUAUUCUGGGAUGCCUUCCACCCUACGGAGAAAACAAAUAAGAUACUCUCUGACUAUUUAAUUCCAGAUCUUCUUAAACUCUUCAAUUGA